CUGAUGGGCCUCUGUGUUCUCUGUGUGGGGGUUUACGCUGAAGUGGAGCGGCAGAAGAACCGGACCCUGGAGGGCCUGUUUCUGGCCCCCGCCGUGGUGCUCAUCCUGCUGGGCCUGGUGAUGUUCACUGUGUCCGUGGUGGGCAUGGUGGGCUCCCUGAGGGACAACAAGACCCUGCUGCACAUGUUUCUCUGUGUCCUCUGUGUGUUGCUGCUCCUCCAGGCCAUCGGGCUCACCCUGGCUCUCAUCUUUGAAAACAAGACGUCGGCCCUGUUUCAGAGCAGUAUACGAGAAGGAAUCAAACACUACUACGAUGAUCUGGACUUCAAGAACAUCCUGGACUACAUGCAGGAAAAGUUCUCCUGCUGUGGGGGGGACGAGUAUAAGGACUGGGGGGUGAACCAGUACCAUUUCUGUAAUGGCACUGGUCCUCUGGCCUGUGGGGUCCCUUAUACCUGCUGUGUCCGCAAAAAGGUCGGAGAGGUCAUCAACACUCUGUGUGGCUACAAGACUCUGGAUCAACAGCAUCAGCGUGAAACCCUUCACGAGUUGAUCCACGUGCGCGGCUGCAUCCACGCAGUCAACCUGUGGAUGAGCGACAACGUGGGAAUAACGACGGCUCUCUCCUGUGCCAUCGGCCUGCCGCAGCUGCUUGGCAUCAUCCUGAGCUGCGUCUUCUGGAACCUGCUGGUGGACAUGAGCGAGUCUACGGACAUGGUGGACUUCAAGCUGAAGAAGAAGGAGGUGGAGUACACCGAGCUGGAUCUGGCGGGCGCCGGGUGGUGCAUGUGUCUGCCGAGGGACGGAGGAUACCUGCCCGUCCCCGUCGUCGAACCCGACCUCGACCCCAUCGACGUUCACCUGCAGAAGCUGAAGAAGCAGCCGCCGCGCACCCACUCUCAGCUCCAGAUGAUGCGCUCCGCCUCGGGUUUGGACGAGCUGGACGGCGGGCGGAAGCAGAAACGGGAACACUGAACGCAAUUUUCUGGGUUUUUCACCUUUUUUCGUGGUUGUAAUCAUUGUUGGAGUUGUGUGGCACUAACUUAUCGGUUUCCGUCAUUGGAUCAGGCUUAAAGGGAUCAAAAGUACUCAUUGGCUUUUAAAAAAAAAAAAGUUUUAAUUCUUCUUGUUUGUAGCGGUUGAUGUUUAAAGUUUUAUGGCAUUAUAUCACUUUUCAUUUAUUUCCUUUAUGGUGCGUUCACAGCGGAUGAAAGGCGAUUUUUUUGCGUGGCACAAUUCUGAUUUGGAGUUGUGUUGCACUAACUUAUCAGUUUCCGUCAUUGAAUCAAGCUUAAAAGGGAUCAAAGGUACUCUGAAUAUGUUUUCAAGAAAAAAAAAGAAUCAAGAAGCAACAUGCAACAUUGGCUUUUAAAAAAAAAUGUUUAGAUUUUUCUCGUUUGUAGCUGUUGAUAUUUGAAGUUUAUGGCAUUAUAUCACUUUCAAUUUAUUUUCUUUAUGGUGCGUUCACACCGGAUGCAAGGCGGAUUUUUUGCGUGGCACGAUUACAUAUAAAUUCAAUGCAAAGACACAAAUGUGACAAAGUCGCUGCUUUAUUUCAAGUCACACGUUAUUUUCAUUUUGGAAAGAGAUGCUACAAUGCUAGCUUAGCUUAGCCCUGAACCAUCCCAUAUCCAUUCAGAGCAUUUAAAAAACAUGUUUAGCUCUCUUGCAAACAGAACAGAUUACUGUUCAAUUACUUUUCACAGUAAUCGUAAUUUUGCUAUUUCGUCUUCCCAAUUAAUCAGUUUUUUGCAAUGAAAUCACUGCAAAACAUCUUUAAUAUUCGGCUCAUACCAUUGUAGUAAAUAAGAUUGAUUCUGCCACUUAUGACUUGCUAGAGAAAAUGAAUACGUUUCUGUGUCAUUAAAAUAACGGUCGCUAGCAAGUGAUUCCAAAAUACAUGCUAGCCGCUGUUAGCAUGCUAACAUGAUCACAAUGACGGAGAUUAUGUUCUUAGCUUAGCGUGUUAGCAUGCUAUAAACGGCUAUAUGAAAUACUACAGAAAUAAAUACUAAAAUAUUUUUGGGAUAUAGAGAGAGAUAAUGCUGGUCCAGCUUUGAACCUUAACGGUUAUUAACACCUGUCAUGAAUCUGCAAAAGGAAAAAUAAGAAGAGAACACUUAAAACCAGGAAUGAGUCAGCAUUUUUGCAAUUCAUCUAAAGGUCAAUGUUUUUUUGGAUGCGUUAUUGCUUACACGUAUAAAAUAAAGUUGGUGGUUAACACAAGCUGAAGAGAUUUAAAGUAAAGACUCCACUUGGACAUUUUGAAGCCUUUAAAUGUCUUUAUAAAAAGGGUUUAAAUGAGACUACAAGACGUCAUCACGCUGAACAUUAGCCACUGUUAGCUUAGCGUGAUGACAGUAAGUAAUGUGACCGUGCUGUAGUUCCUUUAUAGCCCAACAUUAGCCGACGUUAGCUUAGCAUGUGACAGUGCUGUAGUUCCUUUAUAGCCCAACAUUAGCCGCCGUUAGCUUAGCAUGUGACAGUGCUAUAGUUCCUUUAUAGCCGUAUAAAGUUAACUUUUUCUGGCGAUUCAAUUUACAUUUGCAGGUUAGUAGCUUUUGAUGAUUUUAUUGCUUUGAAAUCACGGCAAAAUCUGUUAAAAUAUGGUUUAUACCAAAGAAGAAAACAAAGAUUUGGGUACAGGUCAGUGAAAUGUGUAUAGAUAUGUGUUCCUUCAGAUGAACACACAGUCAAAAGGUCAUUUGGUUUCUUUCCAUAUCUGGGACAUCCACAACAUUCGGCCAUGGAAGAUGAAAAAUGGCUGGUUUCUAAAUGGAAGUAAGCCCCGCCUCCUCUCUGACUCGUGAAGUUUAACGCAAUCAAUUUAUUUUAAGAAACACUAGCUUAGCGUCCGCUGUGAACGCACCAUUAGCCUUUGAAAUUGAGCGAUGUCUCACGUGCUAAAGCUUACCUCAGGCUGUUUUGUCAUCAGCCCAGAAGUCCGAGGACAGUACUAUUUGGUGUGUAAAUUAAUGGUAGCUUGAAAAUAUGUUCUUCAGUGUCGGAGAAAUAGGAAUAGCCAAGUAUGUCUUGCGUGUAGCGUCUGUGACGGAUGUAUACAGUUUGUGUAUUAUUUAUUUUAAUUUAUUUCUCAUUUGAUUGUGUGCAAUCAGUGUACAUUGUAAGACUGGUAGUUGUGAAAUAACAUGGGAUGCAUGUUUUGUACUGUAUAUAAAGUAAGCUAAUAAAAAAAAAAGAACAAAAAAACUCAUGUAAAACUCUCAUCAGGGGGGCUUCAGUCUAUUCCAUUUUUAAACUGAACUUUUUAUUCUAUCUUUUAAUGGGAUUACCCAGACUACAGAUCCAGUGGAAAGUCUCUCAAUGACGGUUUUUUGUACCUGAGUUAUGCACUGUUUUGAGCUUCCCCCUAGCUCUUGCCUUGUAUCAGCACUACUGUUCUUGUCAAUAAAGCUGAAUUUGUCUACUGA